AUGCUGAAGCCCAACGGGUCACCCACAGCGCGCCCGGCUCAGCGGAGGAAGGCGAAGAACGAGCUGGGCGGCGGCCUCACGGCGGCGCAGAAGCGCGAGGCGGAGGCGUGCGUGUCGCUGCAGGAGCAGCGGGUGCCGGCCACCAUCUUGACCGGCUUCCUGGGCGCGGGCAAGACCACGUUCCUGAACUUCGUGCUGAAGAGCCUCGGCCACGGCCAGAAGAUCGCGGUGGUGCAGAACGAGUUCGGGGCCGUGCCCGUGGACGAUCAGCUCAUGCUGCUGGAGCAGUCCGCGGCCGAGACCAUCGUGAUGCCCAACGGCUGCCUCUGCUGCCGGGUGCGCGGAGACCUGGUGGAAGCCCUGAGGCGCCUGGCCGAGAAGGGCGAUGAGUCGAAGCGGAUGGACGCCUUGCUGGUGGAGUGCUCCGGGCUCUCCGAGGAGCGGGAUAUGACUUGUUUUUUGCUUCGAAGGGCCCGGGAAAGGAUGGGGGGAGGUGAGCUUUAA